GCUUUGAGUCAUUGGCCGAGACUGCACUCUGCUCACGAAGGUCACGGGUGAGGUUUCCUCCGCUCGCUCUGCUGUGCUGUGAUAACUUUCUCAUCCUUCCUCCGUCUGUUCGGUGCCUCUGUGUCGCUUUCUUAAAGCCAUGGGCCAGCGUGCAACACUGGGAAGCCUUCUGUUUCUCUUCGGGCUGUUUGGGAUCUGUACAGGAUUUGAACAAGAGAACUGUACCAACUACAACCUCCAGUUUGAGAGGGUUUACUCUGUUCCCGGGGAUGUGGCUAUGCUGACCAGCAGUCUGGUGUCUUCAGAGGUCUUCAAUUUUGAAACCGUCCCCUACAACUUCACCUGGUACGACUCAAAGACGGGCCAAGAAAUAAGUAACGAGACCGGUCGAAUCCUGGUGCAUGGGGAGACUCUGUGGUUCCUUAACAUAACGCUGGAUGAAGAUGGAGAAUAUGUGAGCAUACUGAGAACUCCCUCUUGGUGCAACAGGCAGACCAACAGGCUGGUCGUGGAGCGGCGUGUUCCAGGAGAGUGUGGCAGGCCAAGGAAAGCUCAUCAAACACUUGCAAAUGGAGUCGCCGACACUCUGUCCUGCCCUCUGAAGGAGUACAUCGAUAAACUGGACAGCUACAACAUCACUUCCUCCUUGGAGUGGUACAGAGGUUGUGACCCCAUCGUUAAUGGGAAUGACAGGUAUACCUACCUGCCUGAUGGCAAACUGAACAUUGGCCUGGUAGAAAGCACAAGCAACUUCUACACCUGUACUCUGACCUUCAGUCUCGGCGGCAGGAUAGGAUCUGUGUCUGAGACUAUUGAAGCAUUUGUCUCAAGGAAGUACUCUAUGACUCCACGAGUGAACCAACCGGCCAAUGAAAUAAUCAAGGAACAGAUGGGGUCCAAUUUCUACAAGCUGUGCCGGGUGUUUGUGCCGUGUGUCGGGAAGCCUUGGGUUCACAUUUUUUGGCUGGUCAGAAACAAGAUAAUUUCCAAUACCGACCCCGCUGAACGCGUCUACACUUCAGAACAACGCAAAGAGGCCCAGAAAGUUCCUGAGGAAGGUGUAUGGCUUGAGCGGGUGCUGACGAUUUCUGAGCUGAGGGAGGAGGAUUUCCACAUCAAUUACACGUGUCGAGCGUACAGUGCCAAGGGCUUCCCUGAGAGCUAUUUUACUCUUCUACCAGCAGAUCCCAAUGACAUACUUCCCAUUGGCUCCGUGCUCGGUGGUGUGACGGUUCUCUUCAUCGUCAGUGUUUCCAUCUACUACCUUUUUAAGGUUGACAUUGUGCUCUGGUUUAGGAGUAUGUUUCCAAUCCUCUAUACAAAUACAGACUUGGAUGGGAAGUUGUAUGAUGCCUAUGUGGCAUACGCACAGCCCCGUGCCGUCGGAUUCAGCACUGAAGUGGAGGCGUUUGUCCUUCACACUCUACCCCAAGUGUUGGAAAAGGCCUGCGGCUACAAACUCUUCAUAGCAGGCCGUGACUGCAUGCCUGGGAUGGCCGUAGUAGACUCAGUGGAAGAGAAUAUACAAACCAGUCGCCGCCUCCUUCUGCUCUACACCGCCUCCACUUUCAUCAGAAGCAGCAUUAGCAAUAACAACAACAACAUCAAUAAGAGCAGUGACAGCAGAGAUAACAGCGAAAGCAAGACCAGCGACCGCAGCAGCAACAUGAGUUUUGAUGGAAGUGAAGAAGUCUAUCCAGACUUAAGACAGCAGUUGGAGUGUCUGGAAGCAAUGCACAGAACCCUGCUGGAGGAAUCUCUAAAGGUGAUUCUGGUUGAGAUGGAAGAGAUCACCCCGGCUCAGCUGGCUCUCUUCCCAGAGUCAGUGCGUCACCUGAGGAAGAAGCAAGGCGCCGUGUGUUGGUGGAAGAACCCAAGCAUGAAGCAAAGGUGGAGGACAUGUAUGAGGACCAAAGAGGACGAGGAGAAAGGUGGACAGGACACGCAGCCGUCGGCGUCCCUCUCCCCUUCCUCCAGGUUCUGGAAGGAGAUGAGAUAUAGUAUGCCGGUGAGGGGCAAGAGGGCUUUGUACCCCGAGAAGACUGCCCUGCUGAACUUAUGAUGAGGUCAUGGACCCCAGAGUAGCUGGUCUUCAAUGUAAAUGUGUACGGUAGUGAAUCCCCUCACACACGGAAAAUUCAGAAAUACUGUGUUGUCACCAGAAGCUGUGAGGUACACACUCCGUGGUCGAGGUUACAGCACAGGUGAACCAACGCUCACAAGCCGUGUAUCCACCGCAAGGUACGGCUCUGCUCACUUUUGGUUUAAACAUUACGGUUUGCUAUUUAAAAACACCAGGUGUGAGCGGAAUAUCCCGUCACACCGCGCUGGUGACUAUUCUCUCUGACCAAUCAGUGGUCGGCUCAGCUCGCUUGGUACCUCUGCACACGUGGUACUAAAAUAUAAAGGUACAAGGUACUACGCGCAGCUUUUCCUAAU